CUUCCUCGUUCCCCAUCUCUGGGUGGCGGUGCUCCCACGCCAUGGUGAAGGUGAAGCCGACGCCGACGCCGACGCCGACGUCGGCCGCCGCGAAAUCUGCCGUUGCGGGAGGAGGAGAGGUGUCCACGGAGACUCCGCGCAGGAGCGCGCGACUGCAGCAAGCAGCCAAGAAGAAGCGGUCCCGCGAUGCUUCGCUCCCUCCCGCUCCCGCUCCCGCUCGACAUCGGCAGGCCGGGAAGGUUCUCUGCGCGCCGGAGAUAUCUGUUAAAAAAACAGUGGAAGGUACUAUAAACGAUGCUGAAAUAGAGUCCAUUGUUUUAAAACUAUGGAAUUUCACAGAAGAAGAGAGGGUUCCAUACUAUAACCGGUUGAACAAGAAAAGAGCUAACAUGGCCUUGGCUUGGUACAAUGAAAACAACCCGGAAGAUUGCUAUGAAUUUACGAGUGUGCUCUUGCAUGAUGUAUGCAAUUUUUGUGAUGGAGGUGUUUGCCAUGUGCACAUUAAUUUUAAGGCAAGGAAUGUGACAACAAAUUCAGAGGAGCUCUUCUUCGCUGAAUUGGCUUUAAUCAACAAUGUUUUCGAUCAAUAUAGUGGAUAUACGACCACUGCCUGCUGUAUUAUUGAUGGCAACUGUCUUGGUGGUUUGAGGAAUGUGCUGCUCAAUGGAUGUUUUUUGCGAGAGGAGCGUUAUGAUGAAAAAAAUUGCUACGCAUGUGAUGAAAAGAUUAAGCACCCCACAGGAAGUACCUACAAAGGAGGUCAUUAUGCCGAAGACUAUUUAGUACAGGGAAUCUUAUGAAUCACAGAUAUUUAUGUUUUCAUGUAAUCUAUUAGUACAUCAUUUUGAUGGUUUGGGAGCUGUAUGAACUAGUAAAGCAUCCUACCACUAUACAUGCUCUGAAAAUUAUGCAAGGCCCCUCGUAUAUGCUACUUGUGGACCCAAUAUUGUCUUUGGCGUGAUGUUGAUGCCAUUUUGUUGUUUUAUUGUUAUUUAUUAAAUAUAAAUGGAUUUUUUUUUACAAA